AUGGGUGUCGGUAUUGUCAGCAGUAUGGAACACUUUAAUAACCGUGGGUUCGCCGAGCAACACGGUCCUAUCACCAAGGUCGUCGUCUGGGCCUGGGACCGCAUGGAUGGAUUCGAGAUCUGGUACGGGGGUGUGGGGAUACGGAGGCUCAGAGUGUCCUUGAAGUCGGCGAAGGUGAGUCUGUGGUUUGCGUUUCUGGAUAUAUCGACGAAUAUCUCGAUUCAAUUCAAUUCUUCGUCAGCCGUGAUUCCCAAGGUGAUGUAUGUGUAUGGCUGGGGAAGCUCUGAGGGCAUUGAACAGUUUUGA